AUAUAACCAGUCGGCAUGAGACUGACCAAAUCAGAAAUAUAAUCCGAACUAUGCGUUUGCCUGUUCCCCAUUCAAAUCUAAUCCAUGGGGAGCAUGUCUCCCCGCUGCUAAUAUAAUUGUCGUUAAACAAAAUGUGGAAAUCCUUUUCCGCUAUAUAAUUUACACGUUUUCGCCAUUAAGCUGUUUUCUCGUCUAUCCUUGUUGAUUUAGAAACAUAGUUUUUCAAACCAUUAGAAAUGCUUACAAAUGCUGAAGCAAAUUGUACGUGAAGUUUUAUGCAAUCUUGAGUUGCAUUUCCGCGCAGGAUUUGAAACAGAAGCACGUGCAUUGUCAUUCAAUAGAUUAGGGGGUUAUUCAUUGUAAUUUAAAUUCCUCCGAAAAGCAAAAUGGCGUAAUUGCCGAUAAACAUUGAUUCUAUCACGAUAUAAUAUUCCGAAGCACUUAGGGCCGGAAAAAACAACGUAAAAGAGGGUGAUUAUUGUAGAAUAUACGUCUACAGCUUACAUUCAAAAGAUUCUUCCAACUUGUUAAACAUCGAGAAACGCUGAGGAAUUCUGGUAGAUACUUUUGAUCACAACAAAGAAGAAGAGCGAAAUUUUAACCGAGGAAACAAAUAGGAUUUAAUGAUGUCAAUGGUUCCACUUUUGUUUCUACUGGCGAUCCUGGCGACUGCUCGUGGCAGCUUGUGCGGGAAGAGGCAAUACAAACACGAAGGUCUAUGCUGCGAUAUGUGUAGACCGCAUAGUUAUGUAAAACAGCAUUGUACGCCCUACAACAACACAAUAUGUAGUUCCUGCGAAUUCGGCACCGUAAUGAAUUCAUACAAUUCUAAAGAGAAAUGUGACGACUGUCCGACGUUCGAAUACUACAACGCGAACUUUUUGGCCUGUAUGCCGUGUCAAACGUGCGGGGAAGGGGAAUACCCUAUUAGGACCUGCACGACACGGCAUAAUACGGAAUGUGAAGUGUGCCCUGAGGGUCAUUUCUCUAAUAUGACCGAAAAUAAGAACAGCACUUGUCUUCCAUGCACAAAGUGCCAAAUAUACUUGGAAAAAUGUAUUGCCACAAAGGACGCGUUGUGUGAUGCGGUGCCGCAGACGACAAAAAGUCCGACUCACGGUCCCACAACACUGACAGCAUCAACCAGAAGAACUAAAACUAUACAUUCAUUGCGAACAACUAAAGGAGAAACAAACGAAAGCAGUACCUCGUCGACGAACCUGACACUGCUCAUUGUAACAGCGGUGGUGUUGAUUUUCUUUUUCCUCGCCGUGGGUUUUAUCGUUUACUGGUGCACGAAGAAAAACUACCCACAAUGUCAGGGAGAAGGGUUACUCGGCGGUGCGCCACGGCAACGACGAUACAAGCAAUUACAAACAGGCCAGCUCCUGCGCAGUCAAAGCGCCUCUUUUCUUAUGAAACUCGUGGAGCUGCUCACUCCUGAAGGUAGGCCGAAUUGGAAAGAACUAGCGGCGAAUUUUGGCGAUUUUACUUACGAGGAAAUCGCCAACUUCGGAGUGGACAAAACAACUGCGGCCGAAAGGAUGCUUUGCGCAUGGCAGACGAAGAAUUCGUCCACGAUCGACAAAUUAUAUAAGUGUUGCCUCAACAUCAAAAGGGAGGAUGUUGCAACAUAUAUCGCCGAUUGUGUAAGCCAAACGACAGACACUACACUUGUGUAGACAACGGAUGACUUGCGCUGUAGACUAAAUUUUGAUGGAAGUAACUAGAAGAAAACAAAUCAUCACUGCUAGACAGAUCUUACUUAAAUUAGUGCAAAUGCGAAGUUUGGCUGCGAAAUUUUAUAAAAUUAGUCUAAAGCGCAAGUCGUCCAUGCGUUGCCAUUGGCCUUUCUCGAUAGCGAAUAUCCACCGUUUUCUGGGUAUUCACAUAUAUUUCUUUUAAUGGGUUGACGUAAUUGUUUAAAAGUAAACAAAGAACACUUUUCAGAAUGAAAUUUUGAAACCAUUUUACGUUAAAAAUAAUAAAUGUUUGCUAUUGGUUCUAUAAAUUAAAUCAUGCAAAAAUAUUAACUUUAAAAUGGCAGAUAUUUCUUAUCGUGAGAAAGGCUAAUUGUGUCUGUUGUUUCGUUCCUGCCGCUAGUCGCUUUUGCGUUUGAACAAAAUGAAGAAGUAUAAAUAACCAAUAGACCUUAUGCAUAAUGACGUAACAAGCCGUGACACCUGCAGGGAUGCUGGUCUAAAUAGACUAUUAAGACCAGAAUUCCCUGCAGGCGUCACGGCCUGAUACGUCAUUAUGCAUAAGGUCUAUUCACUUGGGAGCUUUGUUAUCCAUACACCGAAGAUUCGUGUAUCUAUACUUUUUAACUUCCAAAUUUAUCGGAUCAGUGGAAACUUGAUGUGCGCCUAUAUAAGUACGUUUUGCUCAUUUUAAGUUCACGCGAGGGGGCCAAACGCAUGUUUAUGCCCAAAAAGCAUUACUAAAUAGUGUUUAUACUUCUUGUAUGCUUGUUAAAACGUUAGAAAAUCUCAGUGAGAUCAUUACAAAAUUCGUAUAUCUUUAAAUGAAGAUAACUGAUUAGAUUCUAUAUAUUACCUUCUUUAUACUUUGGAAGUAUUUUACCGUAAGUAUUGCCAGUAUAUAUUUGGAUCGACAUAAACAUUCACAUGCAGCUGAUUUCAUAAAAUUUUUGACGAAAAUAUUCUUAACUUCGAUAACUCGGUUGUUCAGAAGUUCAAACAUUCGUGGCGAAGUUCAGAAGUUCAUCAUGAAAAUACGUUUAAGUACUGCGGUUGGCACAUAUAGAUUUCUAAACCAAUCAGAGACUUUGUUUACAAAAGGGAUUGUUCAAGAUUAUCAUGAGCUUUUGUAAUCAGCCACAAUCUGGUGAAACUUCCGAAUAUAUGGUCACAAACGUUUUAUAAAGUCAGCCGAAACUCUGUUUAACUGAUAUUCAAUAGAAUACUUGGUUCGAAGAUUCGGUGAAAUUGUAUUCACGUACUGCUCGAAUUUAGUCAAAAUAUUACAACUUGCACAUUUAGCUGCACAAACCAUAAAAUACAGCAUAGCAUAUUUAGCUGCAAAAACCUAGUUUAUAUCGAUCGGCUAUCAUACAAACCAUGUAUUCUAUCGACUAUAUGGUUUAACAAAACCACUAAUAUACUGGCAUAUUGUAAUAUUUACACAUUCCACUUUCGAUGGUUUACACAAAUGAGAUCAGUGUUCACCUCACGCCAUUUUAACCAACGCUUGGUUACUUAUCGAGGCUUGAGCUUAUAUAUUUUUUGGCUUAUGUCCAUCGCCGUAUGUAGUAUAAUUUAAUACACUAGUAGUACAUAUAGAUUAUUUUCAGACAAGUAUUUUUCUACAUUAUUUUAGAACCUAAUUUUUGGUUACCAUGAAUUUAUAUUUCAUACACCUUUCGAAUAGCCUUUAGAAUAUUUCUAUAUUUUUAUUUUUUGGGCAUUUUUUAGUAUAGCUAAAUGUUUUUCACGACAUAUUAUGUCAUAGCUAGAAAUCUAUUACUAUAGCAUUGGGUUUAGCUGUGCAAAUGCAUCUAGAUACAAUUGCAGAAGCAGUACAAUCUACAAAAAAUGACUGGAAAGACCUCCAGCCCACAAUUCGAUCAGUUUUCAAUUUCAAACUGAUGGUUUGAGAGACCACAGGGUACCGUAGGUUAUAGGAACCACCUAGCGCUUAUCUAUCUUAUCUGUAAUGUGCAUUUGCGCGUUAUUUCAAUGUUUGGAUGAUAUGAAAGCAAUACAGAUUGUGAGAUUAAGUAACAUCACCUAUACGGUAUAGGGAUCAGCACCUAUCAACACCUUUAGCUGUGUAAUCUUUGACUAUAUAUGCAGGUCAGAUAUAUUGUAGUUGAUUAUAAAUAUCAACGACGAAAUAAACAAGUUGUCUAAAGUAAGAGGAUAUUAAACUGUAAGCCAUGCUACUCUUGGCACGAGCACCGUCACUAUUAAUUUGUGCUCAACUAGAUUUACUCAUUAAAAUUUAUACAUGUUGCGAAUUUACAGGUACGUUAUUCGAUUGUGGUGUUAAUUUAAUUUGCCAUAAUUAAAAAGAAGGCGGCAUGUCGAUCUUUAAAACAGUAUUUUUCGAAGUGAAGUUAAAGGGAACAUAUCUCAUAUUCCACACAAGUGUUGACGUAAUGUAGUUUAACAUUUCUAACGUAAAUGGCUGAAAUGGCUGCACAAUCGACAUGACGCCAUGUUUUUUAUUACGGCAAACUAUAGGAAUUGUCAUAAGAGUAAAUAAAAUUAACAACUAUAUUAUGAAAUUAUUUUAUUGUUCUUUGAUUACGGUAUGUAGCGUAAUUUGGGAUUGAUAUAUAUGAUUAUUUAUAUGUGUACAUAUAUACUAUACUGUUUGUAGUUACUUUAAGUGACGUGGGAACAGUUGCAUUUGGUAAAAAUUCAUAAAAAAACAACUUGAAUGAAGUUGAACUUAUUUAGCGUUUGUAAAUUAUUACUAGAUGAAAAAUUAUUAAUUGAUAUUGUGUUAAAGUUCCUUAAUAAUAUUAUGCUAAAAAUACACUGCACUAUUAUGAGAACCUGA